ACAGCAAAGGGACCAGCGUGAUGAAGUGGCUCGUGCUUCUGUCAGCCCUCGUGGCUUUCUCCGAAUGCUUCAACAGGAUGCCCCUGAUCAAGGGCAAGACUGCGAGGCAAAGCCUGCAGGAGAAAGGAUUGUGGGAGGAAUACAGGAAGCAGCACCCAUACAACCCAAUGGUCAAGUUCAUCCAGAAUGGUGCUGAGCCAAUGACAAACGACGCUGACUUGUCCUACUAUGGAGUUGUCUCCAUCGGCACCCCCCCUCAGUCCUUCAGCGUCAUCUUUGACACCGGCUCUUCCAACCUGUGGAUCCCAUCAGUCUACUGCUCCAGCCAGGCCUGUGAGAACCACAGGAAAUUCAACCCACAGCAGUCGUCCACCUUCCACUGGGGCAGCAAGCCUCUGUCCAUCCAGUACGGCACUGGCAGCAUGACUGGAUAUCUGGCCAGUGACACUGUUGAGGUUGGCGGCAUCUCUGUGGCCAAUCAGGUGUUUGGACUGAGCCAAACAGAGGCUCCCUUCAUGGCCCACAUGCUGGCUGAUGGCAUCCUGGGUCUGGCCUUCCAGACCAUUGCCUCGGACAACGUCGUGCCCGUCUUCGAUAGCAUGGUGCAGCAAAAACUCGUGUCCCAGCCUUUGUUCUCCGUCUACCUGAGCAGCCAAAGUGAGCAGGGCAGUGAGGUGAUCUUCGGUGGCGUUGAUAGCAGCCACUACACUGGACAAAUCAGAUGGGUCCCUCUGACCUCUGCAACCUACUGGCAGAUCAAGAUGGACAGUGUGACCAUCAACGGACAGACUGUGGCCUGCUCUGGUGGCUGCCAGGCCAUCAUCGACACUGGUACCUCCCUGAUUGUUGGCCCAACCAGUGACAUCAAUAACAUGAAUGCAUGGGUUGGAGCCUCAACCAACCAGUACGGAGAGUCUACAGUGAACUGCCAAAACAUUCAGAGCAUGCCUGAUGUCACCUUCACCCUCAAUGGAAACGCCUUCACCGUCCCUUCAACUGCCUACGUCUCUCAGAGCUCCUACGGUUGCAGCACUGGCUUUGGCCAGGGUGGCUCUGACCAGCUCUGGAUCCUGGGAGAUGUCUUCAUCAGGGAGUACUACGCCAUCUUUGAUGUCCAGUCUCAGUACAUUGGCCUCGCAAAGUCUGUCUGAUCAAACAAGACACAUGAUGAAUCAUCUAUAAAUGUGUAUUUGCCUGUCAGGACAAGUCUGAGUGAAGACUGAACACCAAAAAUAGCAGAUUGUGGAAAAUAAAAACAUGAACAUGAAACAAAA